UGAGUACUAUUAUACAUACAGUUUUCAGACUGUGUUUUUGGUUGAAAGUAAUUUCCAGGAUAUUAUGAUAAAAAUGGAACCUCCAAGCGAAUUUACCGAGAAGCCAGCAACCCAUGAUCAUCAGCCUCGCCUUAACGAGGUGGCGCAAAAGUUUCUGGCCGAUUUGGAUGAAGAGCGCCAGCGUUUGUCUGCCGAAUUUCCACUAUGCGCACUUCUCAUCGACGAGGCUGUGGACCGAGUCUAUUGUACUGGUCGCAUUCCUGGCAAGGAGUUCUACGCGGAUGUGUACAAGCAAAAGCCGAUGAAAAUAACCCAGAAGGUUUUCGUGCCUGUUAAGCAGUAUCCAAAGUUCAACUUCACUGGCAAGAUCCUGGGUCCCAAGGGAAACUCACUGCGGCGUCUUCAGGAGGAGACACAAUGCAAGAUCGCUAUUAAGGGAAGGAGUUCCAUUCGCGAUCGAAACAAAGAGGAGCAGUUGCGCAACUCGGGCGAUCCGAGGUAUGCCCACCUACAGAAGGACCUCUUCCUGGAGGUCAGUACGGUGGCCACGCCGGCGGAAUGCUACGCUCGUAUAGCCUAUGCCCUGGCCGAGAUCCGUAAGUAUCUAAUUCCAGACAAAAACGACGAGGUUUCGCACGAACAGCUGCGCGAACUGAUGGAAAUGGAUCCCGAGUCGGCCAAGAGCAUACAUGGGCCCAAUCUGGAGGCCUACAGAUCUGUCUUUGACAAGAAGUUUGGAGGCGGAAGCAAUGGAGCACCCAAGUACAUAAAUCUGAUUAAACGAGCUGCGGAAAAUCCGCCCGAAGUCGAUGAGGCGGAGGAGGUGGCCUACGAAUACGAGCACCGUAUGCCCCCCAAGCGUCCACCUACGGGCUAUGAGUACAGCAAACCACGUCCAUCAAUAAUACCGACAAACGCAGCGGCAUAUAAACGUCCAUAUCCGACUGACAUGAAACGAAUGCGCGAACCGCCCAUCAAGUCCUAUAAGCCCAAUCCGUAUACCAUACUCAAAAAAUAUAAAUAAUAGUACCGAGCUGCGCCGUUCGGAGCUCCGGUUGAUUCCACCACACGCCGCUAUAAAAGAUAACUAAGGACGAUGUUUAUGUUUAUAAAGCCCAUAAUGGGAGCACUUUGAAUAUACCUUAAACCUAAUAUAUUCUUGGCCUAACAAGAAGAAUGCACCAUUUAAAAUGAUGCUAUCAAUGAAUAAUGAGUAAUAUUUAUAAAAAUGCGUACUCGCGCUCUUAAUUCCCACGAAAAUAAUAUUAAUCUUAAUUUAAAGUUGCAUAAACCUGUUGGAACUGUGGGCGAUGCCAACAGUUUAUAAGCCCAAUAAAUACUAUUAUGUUUAAAGUAUAA